CUCAGAAGAAGAAAAGGCAGCGCUAGCGCUACAGGGAAGGAGCGAAGGAGGGCAGAUGUUUGUGACGAGGCCGCGAGUUUUUCUUUUACACUAAAUAUCUUUUUGAAUUUUUCAUCGUUGUUUUAACCGACUACGACCAGGACUACAGGCGAUUCGCUGCUGCAUUUUCUCCGUGGACCUGUGACCUUGAAACGUCGUUUCGACCACUGAACACGGAUCAUCAUGGCUGACGAUUUCGAUGUUGAGGCCAUGCUGGAGGCUCCAUACAGGAAGGAUGAGACCAAGUCCUCUCAUGCAAACGGUCACGAAGACCAGAUCAAGAAGAAAAGGAGGAGUCGAAGCAGGAGUCGGAGCCCAGGCUCAAAGAAGAAAAGAAGCAGAAGUAGAGAACGGAAAAAGGGCAAGAAGAGGAGUCGGAGCCGGGAAAGAAAACCGAGCCGCAACAAAGAGCACCACCGCAGUCGCUCCCGCAGUAGGGAACGUUCUGGCCGCUACAAAGCAAAGAAGAGCCCAGUUCGGAAACGUUCCAAAAGCCGAAGCCCCGUCAAAAAAGAAAAGAGUCCUGUCAGGCAACCAAUUGACAAUCUGACCCCAGAGGAGAGGGACGCCCGCACCGUCUUCUGUAUGCAGCUGGCUGCUAGAAUCAGAGCCCGAGACCUGGAGGACUUCUUUUCUGCUGUUGGAAAGGUCAGAGAUGUGAGAAUCAUCUCAGACAGAAACUCCAGGAGGUCAAAGGGCAUCGCAUACAUUGAGUUUGUGGACUCCUCCUCCGUGCCCCUGGCCAUCGGUCUCACAGGGCAGAGGCUUUUAGGAGUUCCUAUCAUCGUACAAGCUUCUCAGGCUGAGAAAAACCGAGCGGCUGCUGCUGCUAAUAAUUUACAGAAGGGCAGUUUGGGUCCGAUGCGACUCUACGUUGGUUCCCUGCAUUUUAACAUCACAGAGGAAAUGCUUCGUGGGAUCUUUGAGCCGUUUGGAAAGAUCGAGGGAAUCCAACUGAUGAUGGACAGCGAGACCGGACGUUCCAAAGGCUACGGCUUCAUAUCGUUUGCAGACGCAGAAUGUGCAAAAAAGGCGCUGGAGCAGCUGAACGGCUUUGAGCUGGCUGGACGUCCCAUGAAGGUGGGCCACGUGACGGAGCGCUCCGACUCGUCCACGGCCAGUUCCUUUUUAGACAACGAUGAACUGGAGAGGACCGGCAUUGACCUUGGGACCACCGGACGUUUACAGCUAAUGGCUCGACUAGCUGAAGGAACUGGUCUGAAGAUUCCUCCUGCUGCUCAGCAGGCUCUUCAGAUGACCGGGGCCAUACCUUUUGGGGGCAUGGGUUCUCCAGCAGUUCCGACUCCAGCUCCAAAUCAGGCUUUGAACCUUCCAUCACAGCCACUGGCGACACACUGCCUCCAGCUGUCCAACCUCUUCAACCCACAAGCUGAAAACGACCCCAGCUGGGCCACAGAGAUCCAGGAUGAUGUCAUCGAAGAGUGCAACAAACACGGAGGAGUCGUUCACAUUUAUGUGGACAAGAAUUCAACACAAGGUAAUGUGUACGUCAAGUGUCCAUCCAUACCAGCAGCUAUGGCUACAGUGAAUGCUCUUCACGGACGCUGGUUUGCAGGUAAAAUGAUCACUGCUGCCUACGUCCCCCUGCCCACCUACCACAACCUUUUCCCUGAUUCUGUCACAGCCAAGCAGCUUCUCAUGCCGGCCCGUCGAUAGUGUGACGACGAUGGGAGGAGGUGUAAAUACAUUUUUUAAUUCAUGCAGCAGUUACUGUUAAAGAUGCAUUGACAUUUGUUGGCUGUUUGUAACGAAAGCCUCAACCUCAACAUGGAAGUUCAGCAGAAUUAAUAAGCAGGGUUUUUGUUUUUCUGUUUGUGUUUUGUUUCAGUUUCAGACUUUGUAGGUUUGUGUUAAACUGUCGCUCAGACGAACUCAAGUAUCUGUUGGUCGGUCGGUCGGUCGGUCGGUAUAUGACGGUCUGUCUGCUGCUUUUAAGUCUGUGUUGGAUUUAAAAUGGCAGAGUGUUGGGUUAAAGGACUGAGAAGCCAAACCAACGUUUAUGUCUGUUAUCCUUUGUACCUUUUUACAGCUAGAACUUCAUUUUUGUAAGAAGGUUCCAAUAAACUUUGACAAAUUGACUUUUCACUUCACAUUUGUCUCACAUGUUUAAAUAAAAGCUUUGAUUUAAAGAGUG